AAGAGGACCAAAACACAAAACAACUGCUGACAGGCUGACUGCUGACUCAGAAUGUAUAGAAUGACUUGACGCUGAUGUAAGACACAAGCCCAACCAUGUGAUGACAUCUGUCGACACACGUGUACCUUAUCCUCAAUCUUUGAUCGAUCUCACGUAGACCUGUAACAAAGUUAUGAUAUUCCUGCAUCACAAGCUUCCAACAAGAACCGAUUCAAAGUUGGCAGAAUGGUAAAGUGGUUUUUAGAUAUGGAGAUGGCAAAAGUCAUAAUCAGCCCAUCAAAGCCUGUGGGGUCCGUGAACCUUUUUUCUCUUGCUUCGUUUGCAUGGCCGAUGGCCCGCAGCACCACCAACCUUUGACUCAUCAGUUGGAAGGUCUCUGCUUCUUCGUUCUUCGGUCACAGCCCAAAAUUCCAUGCGAGUCCAUCUACCAAAAACAAGUCACAUGGAAGAUCAGAUAUCUCUCACUGAUGUCUGGUGGUAUGUGUAUAUCAGUUUGUCUAAUGGAACAUUUCUUUUGAAAAAUCAUAUUCAAUUUGUCCAAUGUUAAUGGCUUAAAAGAGCUGUUAUAAAAUAACGAAAAAGAG